AUGGCCGUCCGCACCACCACCCCUGGGCGUAUCGCAGUAAGCGACUUCGACUCACCCCAGGUAGCCGACAACUUCUUGGCUGCCAUCGGCUUUCAAAGCCGACCCCAGGGAGAGGACGAAACCGAGAACGAAUGGAGGACAGCAACUCCAUCGCGCAAGCGACGUUCUCGGGGUCCCAGGCCAGUGGAGACCGCCCAGCGGCCGCAGCCUGUCCUGUAUAACUACUGGGACGCGCUGCGGAUUGAAAGGGGGAUCUUGGAUCCCUCCACCCACCCGCUUUACCACCAGGGCCAUCGGCCCCGCGUCCCGGUGUCGAAUACCGGUAACAAAGACGACGGCGGCUGGGAAGGAUGGUCACCAGUAGCGGGUGGCAGCGGUCCGGCAUCCUGGGGUACAGCCCCUGCUUUGGAUAACCCCAAGGUGGGUGCUGGCCACGAAGAAGAUGCGGGCCGCAGUGGGCGGAGCGGUAAUGGCGACGUAAGGAACGCCAUCGGACUGAAGCACAGCCUCGCCAAGUACGACAACACUUGGGAAAAAUACAACUGGGGCGACCUUGACGGAAGGGACCACAACGAAGUGUUCGGAGACCCUUCCUACCUCGACAAGUUCAUCCUGGCGUGGAUGGAUGCCAUCCCGGAAGGUAUCGUCGCCUCGCUCCGUGGGACUAAGGGUCGCGUGGAGCAUUGGCGAUGUGACAUAAACACGAACACUGGCUUCUUCAUGGCGCCGGUUGAGUACCCAGAAACGUUGGUCGAUCACUCCAAGAUCGACAAACAGCUGGAGUCGCGGCGCUUGAACGUGUCUCACAUCUACAACUGGGAGGUGAAGCACGGCCUACAGACACUCGACUCCCAGCCUCUGUCAAGCGCGAACUUUGAGAGAGUUCUCGCCGCCACCAAGGACCGCGGGAUGCCGUUCCUCGUCGCCGUGCGCGGUUCAGCCAGGGAGGAGAGGUUUCCCAAGACCACCAAUGUCUCGUUAUCACCCUUCGGCCAGGUUCCCUUUUACGAACAGGACAAGUGCAACGAAGUUCUGGGCUUUGCCUUCCUGUCGCCUUGGCAAUUCGGCCUCGCAGGCAGCGGCAGCGGCAGCAGCCGAGCCUCCGCCAGGAUUCACGUCUUUGUCCACCCGGACUACCGGCGCAAAAAGAUCGGCUACUCGCUCCUCGACAUGCUGCUGACCAGCACCUCCAACCGCUUCGUGUCCGAGACGGCGUACGACUUUGUCGACAACGCCGCCAGCCCCAUCUACAAGAAGCCGACCGACCCGACUCGCGAGCGGCAGUACUACCGCCUGUACCUCAGCUACUUUGUCAAGCACAAGCAUCCCCGGAUGAACGGUGAUGCGAAGCUGGAAGAGGAGCAGAAAGAAUCUGAGGAGGAGCUCGCAUGGGUGAAGAAGCUGCUUGAGGAGCAGUUCAACUUCGAGGAGGUGGCGCGUUUAGAGGCGGCCCAUCGCUCCGCCAAGUGCCGCGAGGGCCCGGUUUACUGGCUUGAUGAGGUCGUAUUUGAACACACUUGCUGGUACGGACUGAAUGAUAUCAAGGAGGAUUAUUAGGUCAUGGCUGGCUAGGUAGUUUCGGUUAUUUGUCGACUUGCUUGCCUUUCUGCUCUGGAUGAUUUAGGUUGUUUUGAGGCUGUGUUUGAUAUGUACGUUCUUUGGUGGCAGCAAUCGGGGAUACUAGGGGAUCGGGGGCGUUGAUUGAGAUCCUCUUGUAAUGUUUCUUGUAUGUAUGUAUGUAUGUAUGAUGUUCGUUCUUGUAAUAACUACCUAAUGAUGGAAGCAACGUCUGGGCUUCGUCUUGAUGUGUUCGGGUCGUAUUGUGACAUGUG